AUGGGCAAAACAGGGCUCCUUCUGGUCCAGGCUGUGAAUAAAGGCAGCAGCAGCAGCAACCUGUCUGCCUGCUCUGAGCUCCUCCUCGUCCAGGCUGUGAAUAAAGGCAGCAGCAGCAGCAACCUGUCUGCCUGCUCUGAGCUCCUUCUGGUCCAGGCUGUGAAUAAAGGCAGCAGCAGCAGCAACCUGUCUGCCUGCUCUGAGCUCCUUCUGGUCCAGGCUGUGAAUAAAGGCAGCAGCAGCAGUAGCAGCAACCUGUCUGCCUGCUCUGAGCUCCUUCUGGUCCAGGCUGUGAAUAAAGGCAGCAGCAGCAGCAACCUGUCUGCCUGCUCUGAGCUCCUUCUGGUCCAGGCUGUGAAUAAAGGCAGCAGCAGCAGCAACCUGUCUGCCUGCUCUGAGCUCCUUCUGGUCCAGGCUGUGAAUAAAGGCAGCAGCAGCAGCAACCUGUCUGCCUGCUCUGAGCUCCUUCUGGUCCAGGCUGUGAAUAAAGGCAGCAGCAGCAGCAACCUGUCUGCCUGCUCUGAGCUCCUUCUGGUCCAGGCUGUGAAUAAAGGCAGCAGCAGCAGCAACCUGUCUGCCUGCUCUGAGCUCCUUCUGGUCCAGGCUGUGAAUAAAGGCAGCAGCAGCAGCAACCUGUCUGCCUGCUCUGAGCUCCUUCUGGUCCAGGCUGUGAAUAAAGGCAGCAGCAGCAGCAACCUGUCUGCCUGCUCUGAGCUCCUCCUCGUCCAGGCUGUGAAUAAAGGCAGCAGCAGCAGCAGCAGCAACCUGUCUGCCUGCUCUGAGCUCCUUCUGGUCCAGGCUGUGAAUAAAGGCAGCAGCAGCAGCAGCAGCAACCUGUCUGCCUGCUCUGAGCUCCUGCUAUUCCAGGCUGUGAAUAAAGGCAGCGGCAGCAGCAACCUGUCUGCCUGCUCUGAGCUCCUUCUGGUCCAGGCUGUGAAUAAAGGCAGCAGCAGCAGCAGCAACCUGUCUGCCUGCUCUGAGCUCCUGCUAUUCCAGGCUGUGAAUAAAGGCAGCAGCAGUCUGUCUGGCUCUGGACUGGACUGGGUCUGGACUAUGAAUAAAUGCAACAGCAGUGGUGUGGGAUGCGUUCACAAGAAGCCAGCAAGCUCGGGCUGGGCUUCCACAAUAGGUGGGAAAUCGUCGACACCGUUGCGAUUCUAA